AUGGCUACAAAAAGAAUAAAUAAAGAAUUACAAGACUUAAGACGGGACCCACCAGCUGGGUGUUCAGCAGGCCCUGUGGGCGAUGACUUGUAUCAAUGGGAAGCCAUGAUUCAAGGACCUCCUGACAGUGCAUAUGCUGAUGGUGUCUUCUCUUUAUCCAUCCAUUUUCCUACAGAUUAUCCUUUCAAGCCACCAAAGAUAACUUUCACAACGAAGAUCUACCAUCCAAAUAUUCACAGCAAUGGAAGCAUAUGUCUAGAUAUACUCAGGUCUCAAUGGUCCCCAGCUCUGACUAUAUCAAAAGUCUUGAUAUCAAUCACAUCCUUGCUCACAGAUCCUAAUCCAGACGACCCACUUGUCCCAGAGAUCGCCAGAGUAUAUAAAACAGAUAGAUCAAAAUAUGAAGAACUAGCCAAAGACUGGACAAGAAAAUAUGCAUGUUCUUGA